AUGUCAGACAAAGGAAACAAGCCGAAAGAUUUCGAUGGCACGAGGUCGAAAUAUAGAGAAUGGAUCUAUGAAUGUCACAUGUACAUUCUCACCAACCCGACCAAAUAUGACACCGAUAAGGAUAAAACCCUAAUGGUGUUAUCAUAUAUGAGAGAAGGGACGGCGUCACUCUUCGCCCAGAAGUACUACUUCGACAGGGAACUUCGAGAAUACAAGGCAACGGAGACAAGAAAAACAUGGGGAACGUUCAAGGAAUUCUUAAAGAAGUUAGCCGCUGCAUUCAAAGAUGAAAGUCUCAAACAGAAGGCGAGACAAAAAUUAUUCACAAUGAGAAUGGGAAAACGAUCAGCGGAUGAAUUUGUCACGGACUACCUCAUGACGGCAGGAGAAAGCGGAUUCGAUCUCGAAUCCACCGUUGACUAUUUCCGCCGAGCCAUACACCCGGAAAUUCUCAAACAAAUCUACAGACUCCCUGAUAUGCCAACAACCAUGGACGAUUGGGUAAAAUACACCCGAAGGUUCGAUAACCAGUGGAGGGAGCUGCAAAGCAUAAAAAGCUCCGUACCCUCCACCGUUGUUUGA